GAUUGGCCAAAGGGUAAAAUGUUUGCCCACAUUUAACUUGAGUUAACCAUUACCUCAGUCUCUCAGUGCACUGGCAGCAUUAUGUCGUCUCUGUCUGUUCUUCCACCGGAAUGUCUGCUAAAGCCUUUCCCUGUUCCUCAACGGCUUAUGCUGGGACCAGGACCGUCCAAUGUACCUGCACGGAUCUCAGCAGCUGGAGCGCAGCCCAUGCUGGGACACCUGCACACAGAAACCAUUGAGAUUAUGAAUCAGAUAAAGAGCGGCAUUCAGUAUGCGUUUCAAACCAAAAACCGAGUGACUCUUGCCGUGAGUGGACCGGGUCAUGCUGCGAUGGAGUGUGCCAUCUUUAACUCCCUGGAGCCUGGAGACAAAAUCCUCAUAGCAGUCAAUGGCAUAUGGGGAGAGAGAGCUUCAGAGAUUGCGGAGAGGAUAGGUGCCAAGGUGAACACAGUUGAAACCAUGGCUGGGGGGUAUUUAACAAAUGAGGAAAUUGAGAAGGCAUUAAACAAAUACAGGCCAGCAGUGUUCUUCCUCACACAUGGAGAAUCGUCCACAGGAGUGGUUCACCCCAUAGAUGGCAUAGGCCCACUUUGCCGCAAGUACAGCUGUUUAUUUCUGGUUGAUUCAGUAGCAGCAUUGGGAGGUGCUCCUAUCUGUAUGGAUGAACAAGGUAUUGAUAUUUUGUAUACUGGCUCUCAAAAGGUCUUGAACGCCCCACCAGGAACUGCACCAAUCUCCUUUAGCGAGAGAGCAUGCCACAAAAUAUUUAAUAGGAAAACAAAACCAAUCUCUUACUUCUUGGACUUAAACUGGUUGGCGAAUUAUUGGGGUUGCGACGACAAGCCUGUGCGCUCCUAUCACCACACUGGACCUGUAUCUUCUUUCUACGCUCUGCGGGAAAGUCUGGCCAUCCUUGCAGAGACUGGUCUUGAAAACUCAUGGAAACGGCACAAAGAGGUUGCAGAGUACUUCCAUAAAGGCUUAGAACAAAUGGGUCUAAAACUGUUUGUGCAGGAUAAGAAAGCAAGACUCCCAACGGUGACAACAAUAGUAGCUCCGCCAGGAUACGACUGGCGGGAAAUUACAGGGUACAUUAUGAAGACCUUUAACAUUGAAAUCUCUGGCGGUCUGGGUCCAUCUGCAGGCAUGGUUUUGCGUGUAGGGUUGAUGGGAUGUAACAGCAACAAGGCCAAUGUGGAUAAAGUGUUGGAGGCUUUGGCUGAUUCUCUUAAACACUGCCACAAGAGCAGAGUCUGACAACAUUCCUCAAUGAAAAGUCUCAUUGCUGACACAACAUCAUCAGAAAAAAAUUUAACUGUACUUUGAAAUUGUAUGCCAUCCAACUUGAGUGAAUAAAAGGACUAAUCAACAUGA